CCUUGUGUGAUGUUCGUCAGACGAAGUCUACAGAUUUGUUUAGAAGAAGCUUCAAAUAAAGGGUUAAGUGUCCGAUGGCCACAAAGUGAAGAGGGCACAGACAUAAAGUCCGACCCCUUGUGUUACAACGAAGAUACAAUUAUAACUAGAAAUUGUGUUAACAAUACGUGGAUACCUUCUUUGUCUGAGCUAACUCCUUGUUUUGAAGCUCUCCAUAUUUUUGAUAUACCACAGUCAUCUUUGUGUCCAGCUACAUUCAAGAAGGUCUCCGAGAAUAACACAAAGUAUUGUUAUAAAGUUGAGAAAGUAUCAUCGUGGAGUUUUCCAUGUCUUCAAGGUGGUGGUGCUUCGGUAAUUACACAUCUCAAUGAUGACGAUGUGGAAUCUAUUUUAACAGCUUUAAAAAAAAAUAACGUUUCAAGAUAUUAUUGGUUGCCAGGGCGCAGAGCUAAACUUUUCAGUCCUCUAAUUUGGAAUACACCCGGACAAAUGUGGGGCCGCAACGUGGAAAGCAAUAAUUUAUUGCCGGUUCGUGACUGUAUAUUUAAAAACUGCCUUUUAUUAGAUAUUGAAGCACGAGAAAUCAUAUCUGAAUUAUGUUGGAUAGAAUAUCCUAGUUUAUGUUUUUAUAGAAAUGAUAUACAUUAUCCAGCUAAUUGUCCUGAAAACUACAGUGGAGUAAGAUUAACACCACAGGAAAGUUCAAUAAGGUUAAACAGAAAACAGGAUUCAACGAAACUGUCCUGUUUUGCUUGUCGGACUCAGAUUUUGUAUGAACAGCCUGAAUUAUUGUUUGAAUACAAUGAAAUGCAUAAUAUUAUGUAUUUAACAAUUUAUUUUCCUUCCGGUUUGUGGAAAUAUAGCGAAAAUGACACAGGCAUUCAGUGUUUCUCGGACGCUAAGGGUUUUGUAAAAGUAAUAGAUAUAAACAACUUUCCGUAUAUGCACGUAAAGACUAGUAAAUAUCAAGAUAAUACCAAUUUCACUAUAGAAAAAGUCGUCUACAAGGUUGAUCUUAUAACAGAUCGAUCAGCACAGUAUUGGUGUGAGGGGCAUACAAAUAAUUUUACCUUAAUCUCAACUGAAAAAGUGAUUGCCAAUCCUCAAGGAAAUUGUAUUCAUGUAUUCUCUCUAGGAUUAGAAAUAUUUUUUACUGAUGAUGAAAUAAGAAUUGAACUAAAUGAAAAAAUGAUACAAGUCUGUGAUAAUGUGACUGAUAUCUUUAAUGCGGAUAAAGUUCUUUUAAUGGAAAUGCUCACAUAUGCCUCAGAAAAAUUGCUAGUUUUGUUACAUAUGCAUAUGCCAAUUAUGAAUAUAUACGAAGAAAAGGGCGACAACAUAAAAAUGUUAUAUGAAAAUAUGAAACAAAUUGCAAAAACGGAACUAUUUAAAUAUAACUAUACAUUUGUAAAUAUCUCUAGUUCAAUGUAUUGCUUACCAACUACUUCGAACUCGGAAGGCAUGAUACUAGAAUGGGAACUGACUGCGAUUGGUCAUAUAGCAGCUCCAAAACAAUUCUGUUUACAAGCCAACGGUUUGCCUGUAAAGAGACGUUGUCUGGGUUCAUAUAUUCUUGGUAGUAGAUGGGGUCAAGUUGAAGGUGUUUGUAAUCAAAACUACUCUCCUUCAAUAGCGACAACAUAUUUGUAUAAGUUUUAUAAAGGUCGAAUGCCCGCGAACGAUACAUUCCAAUUUCUAACAAAUGGUCUGGGAUAUAUUUUAAAUGAUGUUGGUAUAUUUAUUCCAGCAGACAUAUAUUAUUUGUCCAUAUCGUUGCAGCAAAUUCUAAACAUAGCUCAAAGUAAUGAAAGCUCCGUAGAUAUGGGUACUAUGGAGAACAUAGCGUGGAUUAUGAAUAGAGUCAUGAUAUUAGACAAUCGAUACCUAAGAUUAGCACAAACAUUAAAUUCGACGAACGUUAUAUUGGAUGCGGUAGGUGUAAUAAUUCAUAAGUUGGCUAGAAGGAACACGUCUACAUUACGAAGUCCUCAAAAUAUCGGAUAUGACUUGGCUAGACAACCAAACUUUUUAAUUCAAAUAUGUUAUCCUACUAUCAACAACAUUUCUGGUGUAGCUAUUAGGUAUAAAACAAAUACGAGUAAUUUUUUAGAUGUGGACAUAAUACCAUUGUUUAAGAAUACUACUUAUGAUGAAGUAUUAAUGAUCUCUAAUUUAGAUAUAGCGACAUGGAUUCCGGGAAAUGUUCUCGACUCUUUAAUUAUAAGUCAAAAUUUAACGAGUAACGAAACGUUGCAAGAAGAGAAUAUCCGUAUAAUAAUAAGCAUUUUCCACAAUGGCGCAGUAUUUCAAGAAUUAGAUCCCAAUUAUUUAAUUUUAAACAGUCGAGUCAUAGGUGUUACGAUUCCUGGAUUUUUACCAAAUUUACUUUAUCCAAUCCCCUUAAUAUUUCGUAAUUUAAAUAAUUUAGGAUACAAAAAACAAUGUGGUUAUUGGGAUUUUAUGGUAAAAAAUAGAGCUUCGGGAUUUUGGUCAAGUAAGGGAUGUUACUUGGUUAGUACAAUCAACAAUACGAGCGUAUGUAACUGUUAUCAUUUAACUCAUUUUGGGCAGUUAAUAAACAUUCGGCAAAGAAUAAUUGAUGGCCACGUAGUUAAUACAAAACCGUUAAAUAUAAUAUCCCUCAUAGGGAGCUUCUUAUCACUCCUUGGAAUUACCGGCAUAUGGCUUACAGCCUUUGUUUUUCAGGCCUGGAGGAAGAAAGCUGGUUCCAAAGUUCUUUUAAAUUUAACAGGAGCUAUAGCAAUGCCAUUAAUUCUAAUCGUUGUUUUUAAUUUAGGUGAUACAAUAUUUUUAGGAGAAAAUGGCAAGUACUUCGCUUCAAAUAAAAUGAAAAUAAUCUGCAUAUGUUUAGGUGCAAUAUUGCAUUAUUCCGUUCUUGCUAGUUUUAUGUGGAUGCUCAUAACCGCUUCUUUACAGUUCAUCAGAUAUGUAAGAGUUUUAGGAGUUAAACGACCUUCUAGGUUUAUGAUAAAAUUUACAUUGAUUGGAUGGGGAAUUCCACUAGUACCCGUAGCUAUCGUUUUAACAUUCGAUCCACACAAUUAUAUUUCGACUGCAUCACUAAGUAGAAAUGAAUAUGCUAUUUGCUAUCCUACUGGAUUUUAUUUAAUUGUAGCAGUUAUUGUACCGAUCUGUAUUAUUUUGUUUAUAAAUAUCACUUUGUACAUUUCAGUUUUAUAUGCUAUAUCUCACGGUCCUGAUGGAAAAAUGAGAACUACAGACAUAGACUUGAUCGGGGCCCAGAUAAGAUUGUCUAUAUUUCUGUUUUUCCUUUUGGGAUUAACUUGGAUUUUUGGUAUAUUUUCAUUCACUAAAAAUUUAGUUUGGUCGUAUUUCUUCUGUUUGACUUCAACUUUGCAAGGAUUCGUUUUGUUUGUUUACUUCGUCAUUUGUGACCCAAUUACACGUAAUUUAUGGGUAACUUUAAUGAAACCACAAUUCCGUUCUAAUUCUCCAAGAGAAAGUGUAAUAAGUAUUUCUAAUACCUGAAUGCAAGAUCAUCUCCAGGUUAAAAGAAACAGAACAGAAAAGUAUCAUAUAAUUGUAUUUAAUAAAAUAUAGUUCCAUUUGUUA